CUCCUUAUUGAGUUCAUAGACUUAAGAGCCACUCCUCACCCACCUCAUGCGGAAAAGUUAUAUAUUUAGGGAAUAAAACAAAAUACCCAGUAAAUAUACGUCUAACAACAAAAUUCAAAUAGAUAUGAUAUUGGGAAAAUGAAAUUACUCUCUCUAAACAAUUAACAAAUUGCAAUUACGGGAGAAUUUGUUGAUAAGAACCAACAAGUAGAGACUCGCAAACAAAAACAUGAUAAAGUUCUAUGGAAAGAAAUCUGUUUUCGAUUAUAAGUGGGUUUCGGCUUGCAGGGAACAAGAAGUCCAACCAUAAAACUCUAAAUUGCUGUGCGAUAAGAGAAAUUCUAUUCUGAAAUAACAAAGUUACAUUUGUGGCCGGCCUAUCAAGUCAGUCAGUCGAUCCGUGACUGUUUAGAGAAAGGUGCAGACGGUGGUAGUGGUAACGGUGGAGAACACUAAAGGAAAGCUAAUUGUCUACGACCUUCAUUGCAUGACCCUGCGCAAGUGAUUGGAAUGAAUGUUGAAAAUUGCGUGGCAAACAAAAUUCAAAACAAAACCGAAUAGACAGUAGAGAAUUAUACAUCAACACGAAAAGGCAGGUUGAUUGGCUGGUUAGUUGAUGUUUUGUUUUUGGUGUCGAUAGCCGUCAGACAGACAACUUGUGGAGAGUUUAAUGUGAAAGUGUUUUAGGGAGCGGAAGGAAGGAAACAAGUGCAAUAAAAUAAUAAUGGAACUUGUGGGCAAUAUCAAAAACUACGAGUGGGGAAAAUUGGGCAAACAAUCCCAAGUGGCAAAAUUAGCCAAAGCCAAUAAUGACAAUUUCGCGGUUAAUGAGGAAGCUCCCUAUGCUGAACUAUGGAUGGGUACACACUGCAGCGGCCCAUCUCUGCUCAAGUCAACGGGCACAGAAUUGGGUCGGGUAUAUGAACAACCUUUGCCCUAUCUGCUCAAGGUGUUGAGUAUACGCAAAGCCCUUAGCAUACAGGUGCACCCCAAUAAGGACGAAGCCAAACAUUUGCAUAGAGAACGACCAGAUAUUUAUAAAGAUCCAAAUCACAAACCCGAAUUGGCCAUAGCACUGACACCGUUCACCGCAUUGUGUGGCUUCCGGCCCUACGAAGAAAUAUAUCAAUUCUGUCAGGAAUUGCCGGCUCUUAAAAAACUGCUUGGUGGAGAUGAUAUCAUUGAGAAUUUACGCAAUGGAAAACACAGUGAUUUGAAGAAAUGCUACCAAGCAUUGAUGACCGCAGAUUCGUCUGUAAUUGCUGCAUGUAUUGAUGACAUAGCCAACAACUACAUGACCAUUCUCGAAAAAUAUCAUCUACAUGAUAUUUUCAAGACAAUCAAUGCUGACUUUCCUGAUGAUGUGGGUGUUCUGUCUCUGUUCUUUGUUAACUUGAUCCAUUUGCAACCAGGUGAAUCAAUCUAUUUGGGUGCCAAUGAAAUACAUGCUUAUUUAUCGGGCGAUUGUAUUGAAUGCAUGGCUUGCUCCGAUAAUGUUAUACGUGCCGGUCUAACACCCAAAUACAAGGAUGUUCAACAACUUUUAACAUCGUUGAAUUACACAGGAUCUGCAGCGGAAACACGUCUUUUUAAGCCCACCAUUCUUGAUGAGAAUGUAAAAAUAUUUGCACCACCGGUUGAAGAUUUCGCCGUUGUUAACGUUAACUUGCCAGAAACACAAUCAUCUUCGUAUUCAUUAAAAUUACCCCAACACCCGGGAAUAUUAUUAGUUUUAAGCGGCUCUCGAAUUCUACAACUUAAGAGACAUUCCAAUUUAGUAUUAAAAAGCGGCUCUAUAAUUUUCAUACCUCCGAAUUGUAUGAAUAGCAUUGAGUUUUUACAAACAGAUUCACCGAAUGAUUUUAGUGCCUAUUUGGCAACAGUAAAUUCGUUUUGAUUGAACGAAGCCUUAUUCCAAAUUAAUUACUCGGGGACUAAUGUUUUGUAUUUGAAAACUUAACCAAGUUAGUUUGUUUGAAACUCUAAUUAACUGUCUUUAGAAAUAUUAUAAAGAAAAAAAUAAAUUAUACCAAAAUUUUAUGCAAAAA